UAGCUCUUCCCUCCAUAAGCGCUCGCUUCACUCUCUUCUUCUCCGUUCCGCGCCACCACCGCCUCCGCCGCCGCAGCGCCACCGCGGCCUUUUUCCGGCGAUGUCGCUCCGCCUAUCUUCCAGAACGCUAAGGAUCCUCCCCAAUCUCCGAUCGUUCUCGCACGCCGCUGCGGCACUUCUCAAUGGCGAUCCCCCCAUUGGUGACCUCUCCGCCCCGCUCAAGUACCUACCGGGAUUCCCACGGCCGGACCCGAAGCACGACGAGACGAUCCUUGCGAUCCCGCGGGCUAAGUCGGGGAAAAACAUUGCCGAGAAGGAGCGGAAGGUUGGGCGGGUGCCGAGCAUCGUGUUCGAGCAGGAGAAUGGGCAGCAAGGUGGCAACAAGCGACUCAUCUCCGUUCGGACCAAUCAAAUCCGCAAGCUUGUCAACCACCUUGGACGGUCCUUCUUUCUCUCUCGGCUCUUCGAACUGGAGGUCCGGUCUGAGUUCUCGGACGCCGUGGAGAUCAUCGAGAAAGUCCGGGUGUUGCCUCGUAAGUUACACCUACAUUCAGGCACUGAUGCAGUUCUUAAUGUAACUUUCUUGAGAGCCCCAUCACAAGCUUCACUUAAGGUGGAUGUACCUCUUGUAUUUUUAGGAGAAGAUGUAUGCCCUGGUCUAAAAAAAGGAGCCUACCUUAACACAAUAAAAAGGACAGUCAAGUAUCUCUGCCCUGCGGACAUUAUUCCACCAUAUAUCGAAGUGGACUUGAGUGAGCUGGAUGUUGGUCAGAAGUUGUUGAUGGAAGAUCUCAAGGUUCAUCCUGCGCUACGCCUGCUUCACUCACCUGAUCAGCCUGUCUGUAACAUCAUUGGUUCACGAGGUGUAGAACAGAAAAAGUCUAAAUGAGAGUUCAUAUUUGAAAUGCCGGGGAACCAUUAGCACUAUGAUUGGCAUAAGCAUUCCUGAUGCCAAUGGACUUCAUUGUCAUCCAUUUUCUUGCAGAACAAUUGCAAAAAUCUUGGCAUUUUAAACUGUCUAUGCCAAUAAAAAGAGCAAGCUGGUCAUACUCAUUGUCUUCUGAUCACUGGAAUACCCCCCCUUGCUACCUGUAUCUACUUGAGGUGAGGUUUCUUUAACAGGCUUUGUAUCUCUGAUACAGAUUGGGUUUGGGAAUUAUUCACUCUUGUUUUGCCUUUUUUUUUUCCGGCUGGCUUAGUUGUUUGUAGAUUUGGACUGUUGGUACUAGAAUUCAUAUUUUUAUUAAAAGCUCGGUUUCAUCCCUUGUGUUAACCAUUUAA